CCCUUCCCGAGGCCCCGCCCCUUCCGCGGCCCCGCCCCUCCCCACGGCCCUUGAACCUCCGCCCGGGAGCCGCGCACGCCCCCCAUGUUGCCGAGAGCCGGUGGGGUCGCGCUGUCUUCGUUUCUCCGCACUCUUUGGGCCGCCCCUGUCGCCGCCAUGAGCACUGGUACCUUCGUCGUGUCGCAGCCGCUCAAUUACCGCGGCGGGGCCCGUGCGGAGCCGGUGGACGCCUCCGGCACCGAGAAGGCAUUCGAGCCGGCAACCGGCCGUGUGAUAGCUACUUUCACAUGUUCAGGAGAAAAGGAAGUAAAUUUGGCUGUUCAAAAUGCAAAGGCCGCCUUUAAAAUAUGGAGUCAAAAAUCUGGCAUGGAGCGUUGCCGAAUCCUUUUGGAGGCUGCCAGGAUAAUAAGGGAACGGAAGGAUGAAAUUGCCACUGUGGAGACCAUCAACAAUGGCAAGUCCAUCUUUGAGGCUCGCUUGGACAUUGACACUUCCUGGCAGUGCCUAGAGUACUAUGCAGGCUUGGCUGGAUCCAUGGCUGGCGAACAUAUUCAGCUCUCAGGUGGAUCCUUUGGCUAUACCAGAAGAGAACCACUUGGGGUGUGCGUGGGAAUAGGAGCAUGGAACUACCCCUUUCAGAUCGCCUGUUGGAAGUCAGCACCAGCGUUAGCUUGCGGUAACGCCAUGGUCUUUAAACCUUCUCCCUUUACACCUGUUUCUGCAUUGCUACUGGCUGAAAUCUACACUGAGGCUGGUGUGCCCCCUGGGCUCUUCAACGUGGUGCAAGGAGGGGCUGCCACAGGCCAAUUUCUGUGUCACCAUCACGAUGUGGCCAAAGUCUCCUUCACAGGAAGUGUGCCCACUGGCAUGAAGAUCAUGGAGAUGUCAGCGCAAGGAAUCAAACCUGUAACAUUGGAACUCGGAGGCAAAUCUCCACUCAUCAUCUUCUCAGACUGUGACAUGGACAAUGCCGUGAAGGGGGCCCUGAUGGCCAACUUCCUCACGCAAGGCGAGGUUUGCUGUAAUGGCACAAGAGUAUUUGUGCAAAAAGAAAUUCUUGAUAAAUUUACAGAGGAAGUGGUGAAACAGACCCAAAAAAUAAAAAUUGGAGAUCCUCUUCUGGAAGAUACAAGAAUGGGUCCACUCAUCAACCGACCACACCUGGAGCGAGUUCUUGGGUUUGUGAAAAUGGCAAAGGAGCAGGGUGCUAAAGUGUUAUGUGGUGGAGAUAGCUAUGUGCCUGAUGAUCCCAAAUUAAAGGAUGGAUAUUACAUGCGACCUUGUGUAUUAAGUAUGUCCUCCUCUUCUUUGCUUUUAAGUGACUUGAAUUAA